AUGCAGCAGGAGCACAAUCUCGAGGCAAUAAACAACUUUGCUAUAUGGCAGAACGAUGACCUAGUGAGCAACUGCCUCCACUGUCAUUUGAAGUUUACGUUCUUGUUGCGGAAGCACCACUGCAGGUGCUGCGGAGGCAUUUUUUGUGCGUCUUGUACCCAGCACUUUGAGCAUUACGACCUGAGCAAGGUGAAGGUGCUCCAGCGGUGCGAGGGCACGGUAGAGACAGCACCGUACCGCACAUGUGACUCGUGCUACGAGAACCUUCUGCAGAGGGGCCUGCUUGCGGGCGCACAGGACGGGCCUGCGGGGCAGGUGGCGGGCAGCAGUCUGCGGGAAGGCGUGGGAGACGUAGAGGAGCCGGCACGCAAACUGGUGAAGGACGACACGGUGCGCGAGACGGUGGCGGAGCACGGGAGUGAACACAGCAGCACGGCAGUCUCUGUGCGGGCGCGACCGGAGGAGUACGAUCACUGCCCGCUCUGUAACGCGGACCUCAGCGGCGAUCCCGAGGACACGGCUGCAGAGCAUGUGCAGAAUUGCAUAGCGCGGGCGACCAGCGUGCAGCAGCAUCUUGUGUGCGAGUCGCCGGGGCCGAUGAGCUACCAAAAUCGCAUCCUCGUGUCGAUAGUGCCAGGCUACACCGAGGGCGGUGGGCGGCUCCCCGAGUGCCCGAUAUGCUUCGAGGAUAUGGAGCCCGGGCAGAAGGUCGGGCGCUUGGAGUGCCUCUGUGUAUUCCACAACGAAUGCAUCCAGAUGUGGUUAGAGCGCAAGUCACGGAAGACUCGUUCCGGUGGGUGGCCCGCGCGCAGUCCGAAGAACUUCUGCCCUUUGCACGACGCGAUAGUCUAG